AUGAAAUAUAUUGCAACCUCGAGUAAUCAAUAUGAUGAUAUAGUUAAAAAUCUACAUAUUGACUUCGAUCUUCAUUCCGAGGAUUAUGAUCAAUCGGUUUACGUGUGGAAAUUCGUGGAAGAAAGAGUUUCAAAUUGCAAACAUAUUCUCUCAAGUAUUGAUAGAAAUACUCCUUACGACCUCGAAAUAAUUGAUAUCACAACCGGGUCAAAGAAAGCAUUGAAUGCUCAAGGUUUGAAAGGAAGAAUCUGCGAAGCUACAUUCCUUAACGAUGGAAAAUUAGUAGUCGUUAAAGGGGAUCCUGUUUAUCGGGAAAGAUUGCUGGUUCUCUUAGAUAAGCCUUUAGUAGUCAUACAAUGGAAUUUAGAAAACUGGAGCUUGAAGCACAAUAUGAAAUGGAUUGGAGUUUGUCUUGGUAUUUUUCUUUGA